AUGCCGAUUCUAACUGAUUAUGAUAAGCGAAAGCAGAUAAGCGUUCGUGGAAUAGCACAAGUUGAAAAUGUUGCAAAUAUAAAGAAAGCUUUCAAUCGGCAUCUCCAUUUCUCUCUUAUAAAAGAUAGGAAUGUCGCGACACCAAGGGAUUAUUAUUUUGCUUUGGCGCAUACCGUACGAGAUCAUUUGGUGAGUCGAUGGAUAAGAACUCAGCAAUAUUAUUACGAAAAAGAUCCAAAGCGAGUGUAUUAUUUAUCGUUGGAGUUUUACAUGGGUCGUACACUUUCGAAUACGAUGACCAAUCUUGGUGUGCAUGCUGCUGUUGAUGAGGCUCUUUAUCAGCUUGGUUUGGACAUAGAAGAAUUGCAAGAGAUCGAAGAAGAUGCAGGUCUAGGCAAUGGUGGCUUGGGUCGUCUUGCAGCGUGCUUUCUAGAUUCAUUAGCUACGCUUGGUGUUGCAGCGUAUGGAUAUGGUCUUCGAUACGAGUAUGGGAUUUUCAAGCAACUCAUUCGUGAAGGAUGGCAAGUGGAGGAGCCUGAUGAUUGGUUGCGUUUUGGCAAUCCUUGGGAGAAAGCCCGUCCGGAGUAUAUGUUACCUGUCAAUUUUUACGGCAAUGUUGUAAAGAAUGAAAGUGGAAAGAGCGAAUGGGUUAAUACGCAAGUUGUAUUUGCAAUGCCGUAUGACACACCAGUUCCAGGCUAUCGGAAUAAUAUCGUUAAUUCAUUGCGCUUAUGGUGUGCAAAAGCAGAAAACCACUUCCAUCUCAAAUUUUUCAAUGAUGGCGAUUACGUUCAGGCAGUGAUGGAUCGAAAUUUGUCAGAAAAUAUUACCCGUGUACUUUAUCCUAACGACAAUAUAUUCAUUGGCAAAGAAUUGCGGCUGAAACAGCAAUACUUCCUUGUUGCUGCUACUCUCCAAGAUAUCAUCCGUCGUUUCAAGUCAAGUAAAUACGGUUGUCGAGAUACAGUUCGUGGCACAUUCGAAGCCUUUCCAGAUAAAGUCGCAAUUCAACUCAAUGAUACUCACCCAUCAAUUGGAAUUCCUGAAUUCAUCCGAUUACUUGUCGAUAUUGAAGGUCUUUCUUUUGAUAUUGCUUUCGAAAUUUGCAUAAAGACUUUCGCUUACACCAAUCAUACUCUUCUACCUGAAGCACUGGAACGUUGGCCAGUUUCCUUGCUAGGAAAUCUUCUUCCUCGGCAUCUGGAAAUCAUUUAUCAAAUUAAUCAGGUUUUUAUGGAUGUAUUGGCAAGGAAAUAUCCGGGUGAUUUCGAUCGUAUGCGGCGUAUGUCAAUUAUUGAAGAAGCUGAUGAUUUUGGCGAAAAACGUGUUAAUAUGGCUCAUUUGUGUAUUGUAUCAACUCAUGCCACAAAUGGAGUGGCCGAACUUCAUUCAGAACUUCUCAAAAGCACAACGUUCAAAGAUUUCCACGAAUUUUUCCCUGGACGAUUCCAAAAUAAAACGAAUGGGAUAACUCCACGUCGUUGGCUUCUACUAUCUAACGUAUCGCUCGCGGAUGUCAUUUGUGAUAAAAUUGGUGAAGACUGGAUAACGAAUUUGGAUAAAUUGCAAGAACUGAAGAAACUUGAUAAAGACAUUGCAUUUCUGGACUCUUUAGCUAGAGUAAAGCAGGAGAAUAAGAUGCGUGUGGCAAAGUUUAUCGCUGAUGAAUAUCAGGUGCAAGUGAAUCCGGCUAGCAUUUUCGAUAUACAUGUGAAACGUAUUCAUGAAUAUAAACGACAAUUGCUGAAUGCUUUACAUGUUAUGACAUUGUACAAUCGUAUCAAAGCCAAUCCAAAUGUAUCCAUCGUACCUCGAACUGUUAUCUUUGGAGGAAAAGCCGCACCAGGUUACCACAUGGCAAAACAAAUCAUAAAACUUAUCAAUUGCCUAGCUCAUAUUGUUAAUUCAGAUCCAAUCGUUGGCGAUAAAUUAAAAGUCGUUUUCAUCGAAAAUUACCGCGUUUCGAUGGCUGAGAAAAUCAUUCCUGCUGCCGAUUUAAGUGAACAAAUUUCCACUGCUGGCACUGAAGCUUCUGGUACUGGCAAUAUGAAAUUUAUGCUUAAUGGAGCACUAACUAUCGGUACUUUGGAUGGCGCGAACGUUGAAAUGAUGGAAGAGAUGGGUCGGGAAAAUAUAUUCAUUUUUGGAAUGGAGGUUAAAGAUGUUCUGGAGCUGGAAAAGAAAGGAUACAAUGCGAAUGAAUUCAUCGAUAAAAAUCCCGAACUGAAACAAAUAAUUGAUCAGAUAGAAUGCGGCUUUCUUACUCCUGAUCAACCGGACCUCCUCAAGGACGUUGCUGAUAUGUUACGCUUUUAUGACAGAUUUAUGGUUUGUGCAGAUUACGAAUCCUAUAUCAAAUGCCAACGUGAAGUUGAAAAAAAUGCGGAAAAAUGGCAACGAAUGGCUUUGAUGAAUAUCGCUAGUUGUGGAAAAUUCAGCACGGAUCGUACAAUCAGCGAUUAUUGUCGCGAUAUUUGGGGUAUCAAGCCUGGGGAAGUUAAGCUAGCAGCGCCUUACGAAGGUGUUCCGCAAGAAGCAGAAUAA